ACGGUACCCCUUUUCGGCCUCUCUUGCCAGGGUCAAGGAUUCCUGCAGUCGCUAGUGACAGACAAGUGUCGUGCGUCCUUUGUAUCUCUCCUACCAGCACUGGUUGUUUAUUUGGCAACCGGUACAUCCACCGACACAUACUUGACCGACUUUCCUCACACACGAGCACUCAAUAUUGUUUUUUUUCUCAAGACUGGAGGUGAAGGAGACCUUUUUUGCCAUAACACAAACGUAGGCCCGGCAUCAUGACAGUGUUCUUCAGUCAUACCAGUGUGAAGCAGUUUGUGGCGGUGCACCUGUUUGAGGUGGGCUAUCUUGGUGUACUGGCCGUGCUUCCUUUCCUGGUUGCCAAGCCUCUCGUAGGAUUGUCCAUUCUAGCUGUACUGGCUUUUCUCAGCUUAAGUGCUAUAUGGAGAAUGCUUACAUUCCGGUGCGUGCCCAAUCUGGAGACAAGGUCUGUGCUCAUCACUGGCUGCGACACAGGCUUUGGCCAUGCUCUGGCUAAGCGUAUGGCUUCUGUGGGUGUGACUGUGUAUGCUGGUUGUCUAAACCCUGAAGGAGAGGGAGCCAAACUUCUUAACAAAGCAUCUUCAAGUGAAAACAUUCACAUCAUCCCACUCGAUGUCACAUCAGAAGAGUCUGUGAUGAAUGCUAUUGAUGUUGUAAAAAAGAAAACAAAAGAUGAAGGUCUGUGGUCACUGGUCAACAAUGCCGGGGUCAGUUGUCUGGUUGAUGUCGAAUUCUGUUCCAUGGAUAUGUACAAAAAUGUGACAGAUGUCAAUUUGCUUGGGACAGUAAGGGUUACCAAGGCUUGUCUCCCCCUGAUCAGGAAAGGUCAAGGGCGGGUCAUAAAUGUGACCAGUGCUGCCAUCUGUUACCCCUACCAGUCUGCCCACGCUAUGACAAAGGCAGGGUGUGAUGCCUUCUCCAACAGCCUACGUAGGGAAAUGCACAAGUUUGGUGUACGGGUGAUCACUGUAGAGCCAGGCAAUUUCUACGGGGCCACAGGAUUUCUUAACAAAUCCACUAUGACCGGUCUGGAGAAAGAACAAGAGCUGGUGUGGGAGAAGGCUCGGCCUGAGGUAAAGGCAACAUAUGGUGAGAACUAUUUCACUGGCGUACAGCAGUCCUUAUCCAGCUUUGCUGGGACCAGCUGUAACUCUCUGGGUCCAGUUGUGGACACGUUAGAGGAAGCCAUAGUGUCUACCAGGCCAGGAUCUCGCUACCUUGUGGACGGAAGCAGUCUGCUGUUUGAUGUACACAAUGUCCUCCUGAGACUGGGUUGGUUGAUACCUCAGCAGUGUGUGGACUACAUCCUAGAACGAGAAUUUUCCAGUAGUCAGUCUCCUCUUCUCAAAACCAAGAAAACCAGCUGACCUUGAUCAGCCUUCAGCCUAUUUAGUACAUGUUUAUUUAUUUAUGUGAUGUCUUGUAAUAAAUGUAAGCUCUAGA